GCCAAGUUUAUUUGUAGUUUAAGUAUGAAUAUCUGAUAACAAUUAUUAAUAAACAUUCAAAGUCCAUAAUUACUAUUUACAAGUCAUUUUCAUUUAUUUCUAUUAGUAAAAAUGAGUACCGUUGCUCUUAAAACUGUUAUACUAGGUGCUCCGGGUUCAGGAAAAGGUACAAUUUCGGCACGUAUUUUAAAUAAAUUUAAAUUGGAAUAUGUAUCUAGUGGGGAUAAAUUAAGACAAAAUAUUCAACAAAAAACUUCUAUUGGUUUAGAAGCUCUUAAGUAUAUCAGUGAAGGAAAACUUGUACCAGAUGAUGUGAUGAUCAAUUUUGUAUCUUCAGAACUUCGAAAACUCCCAACGAAAACGUGGUUAUUAGAUGGAUUCCCUAGAACAGUGACCCAAGCUAGAGCUCUAUGGGAAAAAGAAAAAUUAGAUUUAGCCAUAAACUUAAUUGUUCCUCAUGAAGUGAUCAUUAGUAGGGUCGAAGGUAGAUGGGUACAUUUACCUAGUGGAAGAGUUUAUAAUGACACUUUUAAUAAACCAAAAGUUCCUGGGAAGGAUGACAUAACUGGAGAACCCUUAACUAAAAGAGAUGAUGAUAAACCGGAAGUGAUUAAAAAAAGACUGGAAUUGUAUGAGACGCUAACAAGACCAGUUAUAGAUUUUUAUAGGGAAAAGAAAAUUCUAAUAGAUUUUUUUGGUAAAACAUCUGAUGAAAUUUCUCCUCAAGUUCUAGAUUGUAUUAAUAAAUUUUUGUUAGAUUCUAAAAAUAAUUAAUACUUUAUUUAUAUUUAUUUGAUUACUUUUUAUUAAUUUUAUAAAAUAUUACUACGUUCAACUCAUCUUACCAAAUAUAUUGAAUGAAAAAGAA